AUGUUGUUAUCAUUGAGCAUUGUACUUCUUCAUGCUGGUCUGACAACGACUUGGCCAGUGAAAAACACCGAAUCUAACCCGAAAGGUUCGAUUUUGACACCAAAAGAUGAUGAGUCCGUAACAGAAAAAAUCGCAAAAAUUAACUCAGGUAAAAGUCUCCAUCUGUUUGAGGGUGAUAUUUUCCUAACUGAUCACGACGACAAUGUCGUUACAAGAAAUGAGAUUAACGUCAACAGUAAAAAGAACCUUGUUCGCCGUAAUGUGUACAGAUACMGGGAAGCAUUGUGGCCACGGAGAGAAAUUCCUUAUGAGAUUCACUCCAGCAUCCCUGGCUCAUACCAUGCCACCAUUUUGUCCGCCAUCAACGAGUUUUAUGUCAGCACUUGUUUGAAGUUCCGACUUAGAAAUGUCAACGACUCCAACUGGAUUGUCUUCAUUCACAAAACAGGGUGUUGGUCUUCAGUAGGAAGGAGCUUCUGGAAGGUAAACUAUGGACAAGAUGUUUCCCUUGGACCCACGUGUAACGACAAAGUGACAGUUAUGCACGAGCUUAUGCAYGCUGCUGGGUUUUGGCACGAGCACAGCCGAAUCGAUAGAAACCAAUUUAUCGAGGUUCUCUGGGAAAACAUCUUGGAGGGUCAGGAAUAUAACUUCAACAAGUACAGUCAUGACAUGAUUGACGAUCUUCAAGUACCUUACGACUACGCCAGUAUCAUGCAUUACGGUAGAAAACAGUUCUCUAAGAAUGGUAAAGACACAAUGAGAGCCUUGCAUGACCCUAACACACCACUAGGACAGAACACAGGAUUUUCCGCCAACGAUAUCCAUGAAAUCAAUACUUUAUAUGACUGCAAAAAUGGUGUUGUGAAUUCUGCCGAUGGAUGGUCUCCUUGGUCCAGCUAUGGUCCAUGCAAUAUCGAUUGUAAAAAACAACGCCAGCGAUAUUGCUUUUCUGAUAAUCCAGCGGUUGAWUGCCCUGGUGUCCAUAAUCAUAACGUGGAGACUGAGGUUGCUGUUUGCAGCAGCCAAGAAUGUAAUGCUGCUGUGGACGSUCACUGGGGUCGAUGGUCGUCAUGGACAAACUGCUCCAAACCGUGUGGCCCUGGGUCUAGGAGAAGAACAAGGUUAUGUGAUGAUCCGCCCCCAAAGAAUGGUGGGAAAAACUGUACUGGAAGCUCAUGGGAAUCUCWGGAUUGCUAUCUCAGACGUUGCGGACUGGGUGCYGAUGACUGUCAGUUUGAUUAUGGCGGACUUUGCUUCUGGAAGAAUGACGUCAAUAAUAAGCACGGUUUUGAUUGGAUGAGAAGAAACGGGAGUACGCCCAGUAAAAACACUGGUCCAUCCGGUGACCAUAGUAACGGACAAGAUCAUUAUUUGUUCAUCGAGUCGUCCAGCCCUGCUCAACAAGGAUACAAGGCCAGGMUUAUAAGCAAAACGUUCCCAGCAACCACUGGUCGGUGUUUGUCGUUUUGGUAUCACAUGUGGGGAUCGUCCAUUGGUGAAUUAAAUGUCUAURUUAAAACUAAGGGGAGUGGAUUGAGUAAACUAUGGAGUAAGGUUGGUGCUCAAGGUAAUACCUGGCUUCAAGCUAACGUGUCGCUCUUUAUGGACAGUGAUUAUGAGAUUGUAUUUGAAGGAGUCAGAGGAGCCAGUUUCACUGGAGAUAUUGCUAUCGACGAUGUUCAAUUCAGGGAGAGGCCAUGUAUCGAAGCCAUCGGAUGCUUCAAUGAUGGAAUGCCAAAAUMCCUGAAACCUCUGCCUAUACUAAUAAAAAAUCUCCGUCCGAAUAUUGAUUGGUACAACAUGCAGAAAACGGUCAACCAAUGUGCUAGGCUUGUACAUCUCAAAGGAUAUAAGAUAUUUGGUAUACAAUAUUAUGGUGAAUGUUGGAGUAGUAAUGCUACCAUUGUUGGAUAUGACAAGUACGGCGCUGCACCCGAUUCCAAGUGCUGGGCAGGAGUAGGAGGACAACAUGUGAACUAUGUGUAUCGAAUGUUUUAAAAAUGUGUUUCUCAUUUAUUGUUACAUCAUAUGAAAUAAAUAAAAAUUAUGAAACUCUC